UCUUCUGCAAGACCAGCCAGUGCUCUUAACCGCUGAGCCAUCUCUCUCCAGCACCUGCAGUUGUUUCUUAAUGUACUGAUUUCACUUCCUUUGAGUAUACACCAAAAUAGUGGGAUUGCUGGAUCAUACGUUUAAUUUUUGAGAAAUUUCCAUACUGUUUUCCAUAAUAGCUAUACUAACAUUCUCACCAGCCAACAAAGGAUCUAUUAAUAGUAACCAGAAGAAUAAAUGAAUGAAAUAGCUAAUUAAAGCCUGUGUUAAGAUGUCAGAAAUGAAAAACAGCUUUGAGAACAGAUUCAGGGACUGCAAAUUGAAAAGGUAGAGAAAAACAAUUAAGAAUCAAGUGGGUAAGAUCCCUCCUUCAAUUAGGGAAAUAGGCAGCAGCUUCCACUGUGAAAUAAAUGGAGAGGCCUGGAUAAAUCUGAACUAACUCUACUAGGACAAAGAGGUAGAUGAAGGUGGAAGGCAAAAUAAGAACACAAACUCCACAAGGGAACUGACUCAAUGGAACGCUUUGUCCGUGUUCCUUAUGGUUUAUACCAGGGCUAUGGGAACAUGCUGCCUUUGGGUCACUCUGGCCUGUCAGGGCACUGUAAGCAGCCAAAUUGGAGGCAAAACCUGGGUCCUCCCACUUUCUUGGCCAGGCCAGGGCCUCUGGUACCCUCAAAUAUUUCUGAGUACUACAUGGACCCCUACAAGAGGGCACAGCUUAAAGCUAUUCUCACCCAGAUGAACCCUAACCUGAGUCUACGGUUGUGCAAGGCUAACACCAAGGAGGUGGGGGUGCAGGUGAGCCUGCGGGUGGACAAGUCAGUACAGUGCUCCCUGGGGCCUCAGACCCUGCGAAGCAACUCCCUCUGGGACAGAACUGGCCCCAGGGAGAAGGUGGUGGCUUGGGGAGUCUAUCCACCAGUGGGUCGAAGAGGUUUGAUCCAGCUCCAUAAGGAUGGGGAAGAUAAAGAAGGCCAAGAGCUUCCAGGCCCUGCAGAGGUCAGCCAGCCACUGUCACCAACAUCAAAGUCAGAUAAUGACAAGCAGAGGGAACUUCCAUCACAGCCCGAGUCUGGGGAGGAAGAUGCUUCACAUCCUCAGGACAGAAAGAGGAAGCAGUUUUUGGAACCAAAAUAUGGCUAUUUUCACUGUAAAGAUUGUAAGACCAGAUGGGAGAGUGCUUAUGUAUGGUGCAUUUCUGGAACUAACAAGGUUUAUUUCAAACAACUCUGUUGCAAGUGCCAAAAGAGUUUUAAUCCCUACCGGGUAGAAGCAAUCCAGUGUCAGAUUUGCUCAAAAUCUUGUUGUUCCUGUCCUCAAAAGAAAAGACACAUUGAUCUAAGGAGGCCUCAUCGACAGGAACUCUGUGGUCGCUGCAAAGACAAGAAAUUCUCCUGUGGAAAUAUUUACAGCUUUAAAUACAUCCUAUGACAGGUCGUGUGCCUUAUGAAUUUGUAUAACUUACUGUAUUAUCUUUCUUUUUUCAACUUGGCUCUGACUUAGCAAUAGAAAAUGGCCUAAGCUUUUGUACUUUUUGUAGGUUGUAUAACAAUUGUAUGAUGG